AUGAGUUUUUUGAGCAAUAGCGGCACGGUUCAUGUGAAGUUCGCUCGCCUUAGUGAAAUUCGCAACGGUCUAGAGCGGGCCUUGUUGGCUUAUUUUCAUUCGGCCAGCAGUUUACCCAGAAAUUUGGCAUUCGUGCCGGACAUCAUUCAAGUUCAGCGUCAAUACUUGGAGAGCGUGCUCCUGGAGCGCGACAACGGCGACGGCCGGCAUGGCAGAACACCGAGAUCAAUUUGUGGGCCUGUGGGAGAACCUCAUCUACGAGACCGGUCUAAAGAGAAGCUCCUAAAAUUUGCCCUGUCGGCACUGACGUUUUCGCAGCACCGCGUGGAUAAUGUGAUCGCCUGCAACCGGCUUACUGCUCCAUGGCCACCGGGAACGGGAAAGACGAGCCUCUGCAAGGCCUUGGCCCAGAAGCUGGCCAUUCGAACCCAAGGAAGCUAUGCGUACACCCACCUGGUGGAGAUCAACAGCCACAGCCUGUUCUCCAAGUGGUCGGAGAGUGGCAAACUGGUGGCGCGCCUGUUCUCGAAGAUCUCGGAGCUGGUGGCGGAUCGCAACAAUCUGGUCUGCGUGCUUAUUGACGAGGUGGAGUCACUGGCCUACGCCAGGAGUGCCAUGUCUAGUAACGAGCCCAGAGAUGCCAUGCGGGUGGUGAACGCGGUACUGACUCAGCUGGAUGACAUCAAGGCGUGUCCCAACGUACUCAUCCUGGCCACCUCCAACCUGGCUCAAAGCAUUGACUUGGCCUUCCUGGAUCGCGCAGACAUGCGGCUGUUUAUCGGGUACCCCGGUAUGCCCGCUAUUCGAUCCAUAUACAAGGGCAUGCUGGCUGAGCUUAUGACGGCGGGAGUUCUGCAACGCGAGGCUCUGGAGGCGGAGGACGCCGAGGAGGGACUUUUGACCCAAUUGGCCGAGCGGAGCAUUGGACUAAGUGGUCGAACACUGCGUAAGCUGCCUCUUUUGGCCCAUGCCCAGUACACCAGCAGCGAUCUCUUCGAGCUGGACCAGAAGAUCAGCCUGUCUGACUUUCUAGACGCCAUGCUGGAGGCUUUGGAGCAGCAUUUGGCCGAACAACGCCUCUUAAAAUCGAGUCCUUGGAGGAGCUCUAAAGGAACAGCAAAGCUCACACGAAAAAAUGCAUUUACUACACCUAUUCUAAGUCCAUCAAAUGCGAUACUUUGUAAACUUCAAUUUGCUGCUAUGAAAAACAAUCCGGAGCAGAGGCACGGGUCCAAUCCCUAUUCUGUUUGCUGCCUCGUUUCAUUUGCACACGACACAGAGAUUUUCCCCAUUUCUUUAUCCGGCUUUUGAUGUGAAAA